AUGGAAUGCAAUGAAAAGAGUGGGAGCCGGUUGAGACGUGAUGCACAGAUGGAGGAAUUUAAACAGGCCAUUACAGAUUGUUGUUUGUUUCAGUUUGAGUUUACAGGUUAUCCAUUUACGUGGAGCAAUAAACGGAAGGAUACAACUCAUAUGGAGGCUCGAUUGGAUAGACGUUUUGGAAAUCUGGCACUUCUGCAACACUGGGGCAAUUUCACGUCCCAUCAUUUAGUUGCUUUCUCCUCUGACCACCAUCCGAUUCUCAUUGCAUCUGAUGGUCCACAGGGUGACAAUGCUAGAGGUCCUAGAGGUCGUCGUCGGUUUCAAUUUGAGGAGGCAUGGAUUAUGGAAGUUGACUGUGAUGAGGUUGUUCGUCAAUCUUGGCAGAGUGCAGUGUCACCCCUCUCUAAUAUUGCCAACUGUGCCAGCAACUUGUCACGCUGGUAUGCCAGGAAGGGUGGCCAGGUCCCCAAGAAAGUUAAGGAAUUACGGCUUAGACUGGCAAGUCUCCAAUCAUAUGAGCCGUCAACGCAGACUUUUCAUACCCGUAGCCUAAUUGAAACUGAACUUGAUAAGUGUCUUGAACAGGAAGAAAUUUAUUGGCAUCAGAGAUCGCGGGUCCAUUGGCUUCAGCAUGGAGACCGUAACACCUCUUUCUUUCAUAUGCAAGCCACAAGUCGCAGGAAGAAAAAUGCCCUAGUAGGGAUACUAGAUGAAAAUGAUCGUUGGCAGCGAGAAUAUGAUCAAAUAGGUGGAGUUUUUGUGGAGUUUUUUACAAAUCUUUUCACAUCGGAUAUGAGAGCUGCUGAUGUGGAGGUUUUUAAUGCUGUCCAAGCGCGAGUGUCCUCACAUUCUUAUCAUAAUCUGCUUCUCCCGUAUUCUAGGGAUGAGAUCGAAUUAGCUCUUAACUCUAUUGGCCCGUCAAAAGCUCCAGGUCCAGAUGAAAGUUCUUUCUCCCACCCGUGUUUCGGAAAUCGUCCUAUCAGUUUAUGCAAUGUCCUCUACAAGAUUAUCUCCAAAACUCUUGCCAAUAGACUGAAGAAGGUGUUACCUGAGGUUAUUUCUGAGUUCCAGAGUGCGUUUAUUCCCAACCGUAUGAUUUUGGAUAAUGUCUUAGCAGCUUUUGAAACGGGGUGGCCAUUUGGGCAAAUUAUCCCCUCUCGAGGCUUACGGCAAGGGGAUCCUAUAUCACCAUAUCUUUUCCUUAUUGUGGCUGAAGCCUUCUUCGCUCUCCUCCAGCAGCCUGAGAGGGAUUCUAGAUUACAUGGUGUCUCCAUUGCCCUUUCUGCUCCUUCUAUUAACCAUCUCUUUUUUGCUGAUGACAGCCUUCUGUUUUGUAAUGCUGGGACAACUGAGGCUUUAGAGCUGAAACGUAUUUUUGGAGUGUAUGAGGCGGCUUCUGGACAAAAGGUCAACCUUGGAAAAUCCGCUCUUUGCUUUAGCCCUUCCACCCCAAGGGUGUUGCAGGACGACAUUCGUCAGCUGUUGAACGUGACUCUUGUCCCUUGUCAUGAGCGGUAUUUGGGCCUCCCUACCAUUGUCCGUAAGGAUAAGAAAAAAUUGUUCCGUACGGUUAAGGAUCGAGUUUGGAAUAAAGUUAAUGGUUGGCAAGGCAAGCUUCUGUCUAAGGCCGGGAAAGAAGUGCUCAUCAAAUCAGUAUGUCAGGCAAUUCCAUCAUAUUUUAUGAGUGUGUUUCGCUUGCCCGUCGGGUUAUGUCGCGAGAUUGAGAGCAUCAUUGCCAAAUUCUGGUGGUCUAAAAAUGAUGGUAGAGGUAUUCACUGGAAAACGUUGAGAUUCAUGUGCCAACACAAGUCUGAUGGGGGGCUAGGUUUUAAGGAAUUGACAAGUUUUAAUCAAGCUCUUCUAUGUAAACAAGGAUGGCGGCUGCUGGAAUUCCCUUACUCACUGAUUUCUCGGAUGCUUAAGGCUCGUUAUUUUCCACAAUCUGAUUUUUUGGCAGCUUCGAGUGGGUCACUUCCAUCGUUUACUUGGCAGUCGUUACUAUGGGGGCGGGAUCUGCUCCGGUUGGGCCUAAGGUGGCGCAUUGGUGAUGGCCGUUUGGUUAAUAUCUAUGGUGACCCAUGGGUGCCUUAUGAUCGUUUUUUCACUGUCCAGUCGAUACCUACUCUUCCAGCUACGUCCUGA